CCGCCAGUAAAAACUCACGAAGAAGAAGAACAGUCACCAAACAAUCAUGGCGGACUACCGAGAGGCGCCCUUGGCCACUCGGCCAAAAACACUGGACGCCAACGAGUAUUUCAACCUUUCCACGGAGAAGCGUCGUGCCGAAGAAGACAGGGCAGCACUGAGAGCCAACCUGAAGAGACAGUAUCAAACUCAGCUGAAUAACCCGCACAGGAAGGAGCUCGUUGAAGAUCCAGCCCUGACACGCUGGGUGUAUGCACGCACCAACCCCUACCCAAACUUCAGGCCCACAUUCAAGACAUCCCUGCUGGGCGCACUGUGUGGAGUCGUACCGCUCUUCGGCCUCUACUUUCUUUUCAAGACGGACAGGGAUAGGAAGGAGGCGAUGAUCAAGGCUGGAACCCUGGAUCGCAAGUUCAGUUUGUCAUCAUGAGCUCCUUUAUGUUUGAGUGCUGCCAGUCCAUGUAAUUACUAUAUAUGAAAUAAAAUGCUAUUGUCAAAAACA